AUGCUAAGCCACGUGCAGCAGCAGGAAAAGCGGGUCUCCAUUUCGUUGCCUCUUGCCUGCCGUCAGGUCAUGGUGUCAAGCGAGGACGUGGCGUCCAUGGUCCGAUACAAGCAGCGGGCGGCCUCCGACGAGGUGAGCGUGAGCACCCACUCGGACGGCCUUCGGCCGGCUUCCCGCUCGGGCUCCCCUGAGGUGCUCGGGAACAGCGGGGAUGUGGUGCCUAUGGAGCCCAUCGUGGAGGUGACGCCAGAGUUGACGAAUGACCCGGCUCAACAGUUGGCGGAGAAGCCUGGUCUGGUGAGGACUCUCACCUCCGCCGUUGGUCGGAAAGCCCCGAACAAGCCACCGCGACCGACAUUUACGCCCCAGCUGUUCAAGACUUUCUCGCAAGCGGAGCUGAAACUCAAGCGCGACGCGCAGAAAGAGUCCAAGCGGCACUCAAUGACGACGAGGUCUGGGAGCAUGGCCGAUCCCGGGGAGCGCGGCUUACCGGCAUUCGUGAAGGCGCCGGCGUUCGACGUCUUCUUUACAUGUGUAGUCAUUGUCAACUCGAUCUUCAUUGGAGUGGAGCUCCAAGUCUCUCUGUCCAGUCCAGAUGGAACUCCAGUUCCCAUCGCUGUCAUCCAGUACAUCUUCACCUUCUUGUUCCUCAUGGAGCUGAUUCUGCGCUGGGCGGCUGCAGGAUUCAAGAGGUUUCUCUGUGGCGAGGACUGGCUCUGGGGCUGGCUCGACCUGAUUAUCGUGCUCACUUCACUUUGGGAGGUUGGCUUUGAGGUGGCCUUCUGGAUACAAGGAACUUCGGGCGAUGGCGGCGGGCUGAGUAGCCUGACGAGUCUGAAGGUACUGCGCAUUGUUCGCAUCACGCGGAUUGUGAAGGCCGCCCGGCUGAUCCGAAUCUUCCGGUUCGUCAUGGCCUUCCGGCUUCUUAUUGCCUCGAUCAUCGCAACCCUGAAGUCGCUGCUGUGGGCGCUGAUGCUGCUGGCACUGAUCAUCUACGUCUUUGCCAUCCUGCUGACGCAGGCUGUGCACACCUACAUCUCGGAUCCGGACUGUGAUUUGGAGCCAGCAGAGCUCCAGGCAAGCCACCAAUACUUUGGCUCACUGGGGCAAACGAUGCUCAGCCUCUUCAUGAGCAUCGCCGGCGGUGUGAGCUGGGAGCAGGUCGUGUGGCCGCUAAGAGCCAUGUCCGAAGCGUGGAUUUGGGUCUUCCUCUUCUACAUCUCCUUCACGUACUUUGCAGUGUUGAACGUCGUGACGGCAGUUUUCUGUCAAAGUGCGAUUGAUGGAGCUCAAAACGAUCACGCCUCGAAAGUGCACGCCAUCCUCGCCAACAAAGAGGCGCAUCUCGGCAAGAUCAACACCCUGUUCGCGAAAUUUGGUGCUGAUGACGGCGUCAUCACUUUCAAAAUGUUCCAGGACAAGAUCAACUCAGUGGAAGUACGCGAAUACUUCCAGACGCUGGGGCUCGACGUUUGGGAUGCCUGGUCCUUCUUCAAGUUGUUGGACAAAGAUGCGGGUGGCGCCGUGGAGAUCGAAGAGUUCCUUAUGGGCUGCUUGCGGCUACGUGGGCAGGCCACAGCAAUGGAUGUCGGAAAGAUCAUCAAUGACCAGCAGUGGCUGAUGAAGACGCAGGGCAAGUUCAAUGCCUACAUGGAAGUCGAGCUGAAGCAGAUCAAGGAUCACUUGACGAUUCUUACUGGCAUCAACUGCAGCUCUGAUGAUCACAUCGGUUGGAUCUUUGAGUCCCACAACCUCGGAGAGCAAGAAUUGGAUACUGCUUCUGACGCUUCAUGCGCGUAG